UUUUUUUUUUUUUUUUUUUUCACGGUGUCUUGGCUUUGGAGCAGCAUCCGCGGCAUCUUAACUCCUACACCUCCAAGGGGGGAGGGUAGCUCCGUCCUAUGGCGUUAAGCAACUUGCAGACAAGAUAACGGGGUCGAAAUACCAAACAUUGCUCGGGAGAAGAGUACGGUACUUUAAUGCCACACGAGCUUUCGAGGUCUGGAACUCCUCUCUUUCUCUCGGGGUGUCUUUACUGCCCAUUUGCCGGGCCUCACUUCUCGGUGCAAAUGCCAGCGAACGACCCUUCUGCUCAGAGAUCCCCCGCACCGAGAACCCAAAAGGUGGAUGGCGUUUGCAGAGUGAUAUACCGACAUCCCCCGAUACUGGCGACACGCCCCCUUGGUGAAGUUCGUUGCCCCUCCAUCGAAUUCCUGCCGCGCCCCCGACCCGAAUCCCCCUGUCGCUUCCGCUUCCUUGUCCCCGACAUCAUUCGACAGCAACGAACCCUCUUGGCCGAAGCGGCCUGCAUCAGUGCUUGUUGGGGAUUCUGUGGGGUGAGCUUCUCUCCAGUCUCUUUCGGUCUGAUGGCAGUUUCACGGCUACACGGAGCUCAUCCCUAUGUCAGUAUGUCUGUCUGUCCUUGUUUCUUCGUACCUAUCUGUGUACCCUGGCAUAUCUGUGUAUUGUUUCUCCAGCUGAACGCGGGACCGCAAAUAGAUGCACCAUCUAUCAAAGUUUUCGAAUCGUAUGCAUCGUGUCAAUAGCUAUGAAUCAACAUGCUCGAUGUCAGUCCUCU